AAAAAACAAAUACCAAUAUAUUAUUAUUAUUAACCAUUAACAAUACUCAACACUACUACUACUAUUACAAGAAUGAAAAGUUGUGAAAAUUAUUCCUUAACAUUGAAUCACCAACAAAAAUCCAAGCCAUCAGAACCUCAAUUAAGUCAAACCAUUAGAUCACCACCACCUCCACAUCCACCUCCAAAUAGAAUAAUUGAAAAGGUAGAUUAUGUAAAAUUCUCAGUUGUUACAUUCGGUCGUGUGGGUCAACAACAACAGAAGAAGUCUAAUUCAAAUAUUAAUAAUACUAGUAGUAUUGGUGGUAUUAACAAAGCAGCACCAAAGGUUCGUGGGCGACCAAAGAGGAAAAUAUUACAAGUUGGAGCCAUUCAAAUGACCAUUGAUUCAACAGAGCCUAUUACUACUUGCUCAUCUUUAGCUAAUAAUCAUAAUGAUGAUGCUUAUAUUAGAGUGAGAAGACCUUCGGAGCACAAAAGUACAUGUACCAGUGAAGAUAAUAUUAUUAUUCAACCAUUAUCAUCACCAUUAUUCAAUAAUAUUAUUCCUAGGAAGACCACCACUAUAACAACGACCAAUAUUGCUACAACAACAAGUGAACGUAAGCAUAGAACUGCAAUAACCUUCCAAGAAUUAUUAAAUUAA